CGUGAUGCACACCAUCCCGGACCAAAACAGCUCGAAAAUGGGUCGUGAGAAGCAAAAUUUGGAAGCUGAUCGAAUCAUGACGGACCACCAUCAUCAGAAGAUGGAACGAGCCCCACUCUGUCUGGACUGAAUGAACGAAGAAUGCACCGAAGCGCUCUCCACCUCCACCUCCACCUCCGCCUCCGGCGCCACAGAACCUUCUCCUCUUCCGCCUCAUCCGCCGGUGCCCCGCCGUUAUAUUCCUUCCUUCAGCCUUCCAUAUUCGCUCACAAGAAGCAGCCGCCGCAGCCAGACCCCACAUCCGGCGGCCUCCAAACCGAGCAGCAGGGACGCCCAAAGACCCUGACGUCGGAGCUCAAGUCCACCCUCGAGACCACCCUCCACAAAGCCGUCCUCACCAGUGAUACCGACGGAGCUUGGAAGUCGUUUAAGACGCUGACUUCCUACUCCGACUUCCCCAGUAAGUCCGUCACCAAUGCCCUGAUUGCCCACCUUGUCUCGCUUGGGGACACGCACAAUUUGAAGAGGGCUUUUGCGUCUAUGGUCUAUUUGAUUGAGAAAAAGCCUAACUUGGUGGAUUUUGGGACUGUCGUUACACUCUUGGACUCCAUAAGAUGUGCUGACACGCCUGCCCCUGCUUUUGCCCUGAUCAAGUCUAUGAUAAAAAAUAGGUUCUUUGUGCCCUUUGGAUUGUGGGGCAAUGUUCUCGUCGAAAUUAGCCAGAAGAGCGGGCAUCUCGUAUCGUUCUUGCGAGUUUUCGAGGAGAUUUGUAGGGUUGCUUUGGAUGAGAAGUUAGAAUAUAUGAAGCCUGAUUUGGCUGCAUGUAAUGCAGCUAUGGAGGCUUGUUGUCGAUAUCUUGAGUCGGUGACUGAUGCAGAGAAGGUUGUAGAGACUAUGUCAGUUUUGGGCAUUAGGCCUGACGAAUCGAGUUUGGGUUCCCUUGGUUACCUGUAUGCUCUAAAGGGGCUUGAAGACAAGAUCUCUGAGCUCGAAAUUUUGAUGGAUGGUUUCGGUCUUACGGAUGACAGAGUAUUUUACAGCCAUUUGAUCGAUGGUUAUGUUAAAGUGGGCAACUUGAAGUCUGUCACCGAUACCAUUCUACGCUGUCAAAGAGAAGGAGAUGGGGUUUGCGUGAAUUUUGGGGAAGAGACUUACAGUGAAGUGGUUAAAGGCUUUCUUGAGAAAGGGGGCAUCAAGGAACUAGCUAGUUUGAUUAUUGAAUCUCAGAAGCUGGAUAGUACGGCAACUGCAGUUGACAGAUCGAUUGGGUAUGGCCUUAUUAAUGCUUGUGUUAAUCUCGGCCAAUCAGAUAAAGCUCACUGCAUUCUCGAUGAAAUGAAUAUCUCGGGUUGCUCAGUGGGACUCGGUGUCUAUGUGCCGAUUCUAAAGGCCUAUGGUAAAGAACAUCGAACAGCUGAGGCUACUCAGUUAGUGAUGGACAUUAGCAAUUCGGGGCUUCAGUUAGACUCUGGGAGCUACGAUACACUCAUAGAAGCAUCCAUGUCAUGUCAAGAUUUUCAGUCUGCUUUUACUCUGUUCAGGGACAUGAGGGAUACGAGAGUCCGGGACUUGAAAGGAAGUUACUUGACCAUAAUGACCGGCUUAAUGGAAAAUCACAGGCCUGAGUUGAUGGCAGCGUACUUAGACGAGGUUGUUGAGGACCCACGAGUCGAAGUGGGCACCCAUGACUGGAACUCCAUUAUUCAUGCCUUUUGCAAAGCUGGAAGGUUAGAAGAUGCUCGGAGGACCUUCAGGAGGAUGGUGUUCUUGCAGUUUGAACCCAAUGGGCAGACGUACUUAUCCCUAAUUAAUGGUUAUGUUGCUGCGGAGAAGUAUUUCGGUGUCCUGAUGCUGUGGAAUGAGGUCAAGCGAAAGGUUUCAGCUGAAACGAGCAAAGGAGUCAAAUUUGAUCACAGCUUGGUCGAUGCAUUCCUUUAUGCUCUGGUAAAGGGCGGCUUUUUUGAUGCAGUGAUGCAAGUUGUCGAGAAAGCUCAGGAGAUGAAAAUAUUUGUUGAUAAGUGGAGGUACAAGCAAGCAUUUAUGGAGACGCAUAAGAAACUCAGAGUGAACAAGCUGAGAAAGAGGAACAUGAGGAAAAUGGAGGCACUCGUUGCAUUCAAGAAUUGGGCUGGUCUGAAUGCUUGAGUUACUCUCAUUCAGUUCACACUGAACUAUGCUCAAUGGGGCUUUGGGGUUUCUCCUAUAAUUGAGGCCUCUGAGCAUAGAUAGUACCCUGGGCAACCUCGAUGAGAUUUACCAUUUCCCCUGCUUGCAGCUCGGGAUCGCCGGAUACUGCGGAAUGGGUGAGUCUUGUUCCGUCUUAAAUGUUGAUGGACUGUAUCAUUAUCGGGGAAUGAAUAAUAUAUCACUUAAGCGGGAAUAGUUGUGUGCAUUGAGGGAAUGGAAUUCACUUGAAACCUAGUCUUCGAGUUGUUCACAGCGGGCGAUGGUUGAAUCAAUGUAAGAACGACUUUCAUAUUUGAUAUGACACCAGAUUCUUCAGUUGA